AUGAAUAAACCAAAUCUUUAUCAGCGAGCUAACGGUUUGCAGCGGCGUGAUGCUGAGGAAAUCUUAAAUGAAUACGGCCAGCGGUUGCGGUGGACGGGAGACGCUAAAGAAUCGCUUCUUGAUAUCGGUUGUGGAAGUGGGGACGUUCUGAUUGAUUUUGUGUUGCCUUUGAUGUCACGUGCCGAUGGGCGCAUUCUCGGAACUGACAUAUCAGAGCAAAUGGUUCGAUUUGCGAGGAAAGCUCAUGCUUGUAGGAAAAAUGUUUUGUUUGAUUCAUUAGAUAUCGGAGGUGAGAUUGAUCACUUUUUGGAUAAAUGGGGACAAUUUGACCAUAUAACCUCGUUCUACUGUUUGCAUUGGGUGAGAUAUCAGAAUAUGGCUUUCUCCAACAUCUAUAACUUACUGAAAACUGGCGGCGACUGCUUGUUGGCGUUUUUGGCACGGAACCCUAUAUUUGACAUCUACGAUCAGCUUUCGCGAUAUCCCAAAUGGGCUGAAUACUUGAAGGAUGUCGAUAAAUAUACAUCUCCCUACCAGUACUGCGAAAAUCCUGCUGGAGAAAUUGAAGAAAUUCUUUCGUCCGUCGGAUUUACUGAGUACCAAAUUCAGAUAAUGGAUAAACUUUAUGUGUACGAAGGAGUCGACAGCUUGAAAAAAGCUGUUCAGGCUGUUAAUCCAUUCAGCGAGCGAAUGACAUUAGAUUUACAGGAGGAUUUUCUGAAUGACUAUGUCGGUGUUGUUAACAGGAUGUCUUUGAGUAAAGAUUACUGUAAGGAUGGUAAUGAUCGUAAAAUUUUCACACCAUACAAAUUGGUGGUGGUCUACGCUGUUAAGUGA